AUGUUCGGGAAGGUCAACCGGGCCGUGAGAAAGGGAGCGGAGACCGCGGUGUCCAGCGGAACACGGUUUGCGCGCGCUGUGGUGACCGGAGGGCGCCUCAAGAGGGCAAAGGACGUCUCCGCGAGCCUCGAGAUCGCCUUCGCGGGCAUCAAGGGCGCCGAGCGCACCGAGACCUUGCGUCAGUGGGCGCCGCUGCUCCGCGCGCUGUGUCCCGACGCGCACGCCAGCGACGCCCCCGAGGGCGACAUCGCGAUGCCGCGGCCCCGCGCGGAGGUCAGGGGCCUCGGAAUCACCUACGAGGAGGCGCUGACGGCGCGGUACUCGCUCCAGGAGGCCGACGGGGACCUGGACGCUCGCGGCGUGUUUCUGCUCUCGCCCGCCCUCGAGUGCCUCGUCAGCUCCGUCAUGACGCACCCGCCCACCGACCCCGAGGACCAGCGCCUGAUCGCCUCCAUCUUCGUGUCGACGCUCCAGACCACCCAGGACGGCAACACCGCCGCCGACGGGAGCGCGGCCGCGAGCGCCAUCGCCAAGUCGGUCAUCUCGCUCGCCGGCGUGGCCAUGCGCCACCGGUCCACGAUCAAGAUGCCGCCCUCGGACCUCACGCGCGCGGCGGCGGCGGCCGUCACAGCCCUCAAGGCGGACCCGCGCCACGCGCUGCACGCCUCGCGCGCCGCCACGCUCGCGUCCGGCGUGCUCGCGGAGCUCGAGGGCGACGGCGCCGGCGACGCCGAGGGCCCCGAGCGCAUCGAGUCGGACGGCGGCUCCUCCGGGUCCUGGAAGUCGGCCCCGGGCAGCAAGACUGCCACGCAGCGCACGACGCAGCUGCGCGACGUGGUCGGCCGCUCAGACGCCGCGCUGGCGUCCGCGCUGACGCUGUCGCACCUGCUGGCGGCGCUGGUGACGUCGAUGGACUACGCCGGGUCGUCUACAUCGAUCGAGGAGGCGGCGGCGGGCGUGGCCGAGAGCGCCAAGGAGCUGCAGGCCGAGGCGGAGCGGCUGACGGAGGAGCGCGCGGAGGGCGUGCGGUUCCGGGAGCAGCGGGAGAGGGAGCUGGGGGAGAGCGAGAAGAAGCACGCGGACGAGCUUGCGGAGCUCAACACGCAGCGCACCGAGCUGCUGAAACAGCUCAAGGAGUGCGAGGAGAGCAUCGCGAAGGCGACGAUCAAGGUGUCUGAGGUCCAGGAGGAGCGCAGGCUGCUCGUGAGCUCCAACGAGCAGGUCCUGGAGGACAUCGACCUGAAGCUGGCGACGCUGCAGGAACAGCAGACGCACCACGACCACGAGAGCGCGGCCCUGGGCGCCGCCGCCUCGCUCGUCGCCGCGUGCGCGAGCCGGCACAGCGCGGCGGUGGACGCUCGGUCCGCGGAGGCGCAGGCGGCGGCGCUGGGCGCAGCGCACGCGCUGCUGCACGCGGCGCAGGCCUCGCUGUCGCACGGGCUGACGAUCGUGGAGCCCGCGCUGGGGCACUGCCGGGUGUUCAAGAAGGAGAUCGGGGUGUCGCGCGGGCAGGAGAGCGCGAUGGCGGGCGUGCAGGACGUCGCGGGGUCGAUUCUCGUCGACGUGCGCAGCGCGUACAGCAAGCUGCGCAGGCGGUACCUCUCCGCGAGCGGCACCGCCGCGGCUGCGCUCGCCGAGGGCAACGCGGCCGCGCGGCAGUGCGAGGCGGCCGUGCAGCGCAUGGCCAAGGUCGUUUCGGGUGCUGCAGCCGCGGCGCAGGACCUGCCGUCCGACGUCGAGACCGGGGCGUCGCUGGCCGGUGCGACGGAGCUGCUGGCGCGCUUCGUCGACUGGGCGAAGGGCACGGAGUGCGAGAAGCCCCUCGAGGCGGUGCGCGAGGCCCUGAGUCAGUUCGAGGUCUUUGAGAAGGAGUACAUCGAGGAACACCAGGACCUGACUCAGGAGCUGACGCUCGAGCUGCAGGCGCCGCCGGCGCCGACCGCGCCCAUCACCGAGGCCGUCGCCGCCCCGCCCGCGGACGCCCCCCCGGCCCAGGACGCGGCACUAGCGGCGGAGGAGACGCCAGCCGUCCCCCCGGCCGAGCAGCGCGACGCGUUCCUGAAGACCAGGCCGUGGAUCCGCGUCGCAGACGCCACCAGCGCCGACGCCACCGCCGAGGCACCAGCUGCUCAGGCAGCUGCACCAGCUGACGCGCCGCCAGCGGCUGCGGCGGCCGAGCCGGCGGCUGCCGCGGAGACCGAGGCCGACGCGACGGUCGAGGCCGACGAGGGGCAGGCGGCGGGGGAGGCGAAGAGCGAGGGGAGCGAGUUUGACGAGGACUGGGGCGCGGACGCGGACGUGGGGAAAGGCGGGGAGGGCAGCGGGGACGAGGGCGAGGAGAAGGAGGCGGGCGACGGGGGAGAGGGCGAGGGCCGGAAGGGCGAGGGCGAGGGCGUCGAGGGCGUCGAGGGCGGGGAGGAGGACGCGGCGGAGCCGGUGAUGAGGCCUCCGCAGGGCGCGCGCCCCGGGGGGGGUAAAAAGAAGAAGAAGAAGGGCGGCCGCAGGUGA